CCCCGGGAUGCGUCCGAGCUAGGAACCAGGUCCAGAAUGGGGGCCAUGUCUGUCUGGACCUUGGGUCUCCUGAUGUUCCAGGUGUUGCUCUUUGUGACUGGAGAGCGGGGGAUGCAGGAUGCUGCUGAAAAGGGACUGCACAUGCAGAAUGUGGGGUCCGGGUCAGUGAGGGCUGCGCUGGCAGAGCUGGUGGCCCUGCCUUGUCUCUUUGCCCUGCAGCCACAGCCAGGUGCUGCCCGAGAGGCCCCUCGGAUCAAGUGGACCAAGGUUCGGACUAUGUCUGGCCAGCGGCAGGACUUGCCCAUCCUGGUGGCCAAAGACAAUGUGGUGCGAGUGGCCAAGGGCUGGCAGGGGCGUGUGUCACUGCCUGCUUAUCCCCGCCACCGGGUUAAUGCCACGCUGCUGCUGGGGCCGCUGCGGGCCAGCGACUCGGGGCUCUACCGCUGCCAGGUGGUGAGAGGCAUUGAAGAUGAGCAGGACCUGGUGCCCUUAGAGGUGACAGGUGUUGUGUUCCACUACCGGGCUGCCCAGGAUCGCUAUGCACUAACCUUUGCUGAAGCCCAGGAAGCCUGCCGUCUCAGCUCAGCCACCAUAGCGGCCCCAAGGCACCUGCAGGCUGCUUUUGAGGAUGGCUUUGACAACUGUGAUGCUGGGUGGCUCUCUGAUCGUACUGUUAGGUAUCCCAUCACUCAGUCCAGACCAGGUUGCUAUGGUGACCGUAGCAGCCUUCCAGGAGUCAGGAGCUAUGGGAGAAGAAACCCACAGGAACUCUAUGACGUCUACUGCUUUGCCCGUGAGCUGGGGGGCGAGGUCUUCUACGUGGGCCCCGCCCGCCGCCUGACAUUGGCCGGCGCGCGUGCCCAGUGCCGCCGCCAGGGAGCCACGCUGGCUUCGGUGGGACAGCUGCACCUCGCCUGGCACGAGGGCCUGGACCAGUGCGACCCGGGCUGGCUGGCCGACGGCAGCGUGCGCUACCCGAUCCAGACUCCGCGCCGGCGCUGUGGGGGCCCGGCCCCAGGAGUACGCACCGUGUACCGCUUCGCCAACCGCACCGGCUUCCCUGCUCCAGGAGCGCGUUUCGAUGCCUACUGCUUCCGAGCUCAUCACCCUUCACCACAGCAUGGAGACCCAGACACCCCUUCAUCUGGGGAUGAGGGGGAGAUUUUGUCUGCAGAAGGGCCCCCAAACCGAGAACUGGAGCCCAGCCUGGGAGAAGUGGUCACACCUAAUUUCCAGGAGCCACUGGUAUCCAGUGGAGAGGAAGACCCUCUGAUCUUGGGAGAGAAGCAGGAAUCUGUAGACACCCAUAGCCCUGCCCCUGGGAGUCUCAUGCUGGCCUCAAGCCCUACUUUGGGGGCUGAAGGGGUAUGGCUGAGCACAGUAGCCCCCAGCCCUGAUCUGGUGGUGGCAGUCAGUACUGGCACAAACACUGUGACAGCCCCUGCCAGUCCCAUACCCAGGAAGAGGGGACGCUUCAAGGGACUGAAUGGACGCCACUUCCAGCAGCAGGAACCCCAGCAAGGUCUACAGGGGGCUCUGGAGGCCAGUUCCCAGCCCCCUACCCCAGAAGCUGCUGGAAAUCAUGUGGAGCUUCCCCUGACUACAGAAACCACAGAGUCCUUGGGGAGUGACCAUAGCCAAAGACCCUGGGUCGUACUGACCAAUGAGGUGGAUGUCCCUGGAGCAGGUUCUGCUGGCGGCAGGAGUCCCGCAGAGCCCUGGCUAUGGCCCCCAACCUUGGCCCCACACAGCAUCUCAGGCCCUAGCAGGGACCCUGGCCUGGAGCCAGAGGAAGCUAAGGAUCCUAGUGUGAGACCGGUCAUGCCCAACCUGCCCUGGUCCCCCUCAGAGACCACUACCCCAGCUCUCAGUCCCUCUGAAAGCCCCAGUUCUGCCCCAUGGGAUGCCUCCCCCAUGGUCACUUCCCAAGACCUCCCUGUGAUGGCCAUGCUUCGUGCCCCCAAACUAUGGCUCCUACCACAUUUUACGCCCCUUCCCACCCAGGCCAACAGGGUUGAGGUGAUUAGUGAGGCCACGGCAUCUUCUUCACCCUCCCCUGCUUCAGACACCAAGGCUGGCGCCCAGGACCCCAUUGAUCCAGAGGUAUAUUCCCUGACCUCCUCGGUCCCAACAAGACAGAGUGGAGAGGUCACACCCAGUGGUCACAGUGCAGGAAGUCCCACAGCUCCCUCACAGGCAGACAUGGACACACAAGCUGGGGCUAGGCCUAUCUCUCCCAGGGCAGACUUUGGAGAAACUGGGAGAACCAGGCCCACUCAGCUCAGCAAAGUUGAACACCCCAGAUCCAGCCCACAGGCUUCUGUGGACAAGAUUUUAGUGACAGAUCUCCCCCCAACUAAGGCUGCCACUGAGCCCACAGGAGCCAGAGGCAUCUUGGAGACUGAUUCUGGGGUCAUCAGCACAGCAUGGAAGACUACCAUGGAGGAGGUACAGGGCAUGUGGCCCACACUACACAGUGAAGGGCUGGACUUGCACCCCAAAUAUACACCUUUGGGAGGACCUGGGGUCUUCUUGAUGCCUGGGGUGACCCCAAGUUUGGAGACUUGGGUUGCUACAGAUGAAAAAGCCACAAUGGGUCCCAUGGCUUCUACAGCCAUGCUGGACCCCAGCAGUGCUGGUGGAAUUUGGGAACCUAAUUCCCACAUGAUUGAGGGAGUUGAAAUUUCCACCAUGAGUCCUCAAGGGCCUGUGGACACAAGUGUGGUCACGUCCCUAAUAUCCCUGGACCAGGGGACCAAGGUGGGAGACCUGGCCCCUUCUACAUUGGUCUCCUCAAGGUCCCAACCCCAUCCAGAGCUGGAGGGCCAGACAGUAGGAACCUCAGCUCCAUCACACAAGGGCAGCCUCCUGGGGGAGCCUGGUCUUCCUCCUUGGACACCGACUUCAGCCAGCAUGGAGGAGCCUGCCUCAGUGUCCUCAGGGGAGACUACCAUGCUGUGGAACCCCCCCAGCACCCUCCUGCCUACUUCCUUGGACCGAGAGGAGUUUGAGCUGGAAGUCCUGGGGGGGAGCCCAGGUGUGGAAGGCUUCUGGGAAGACGCAGCCAGUGGAGAAGAGCCCACCGUGCUAGCGAGCCCCACCAACUGCACUGUGGAGGAGGCCCCCUUGGAUCCCUGUGAGAACAACCCUUGCCUGCAUGGUGGCACCUGUAAAGCCAAUGGUACCAUGUAUGGCUGUAGCUGUGAGCAGGGAUACACCGGGGAGAACUGCGAGAUAGACAUUGAUGACUGUGUCUCCAGCCCCUGUGAGAAUGGGGGCACCUGCAUUGAUGAGAUCAACGCUUUCAUCUGCCUUUGCCUCCCCAGCUACGGGGGCAGCCUCUGUGAGAAGGACACAGAGGGCUGUGACCGCGGCUGGCACAAGUUCCAGGGCCACUGUUACCGCUACUUUGCCCAUCGGCGGGCAUGGGAGGAUGCUGAGAGAGAUUGCCGCCGCCGAGCCGGCCACCUGACCAGCGUUCACUCACUGGAGGAACACAGCUUCAUUAACAGCUUUGGACGUGAGAAUACAUGGAUUGGCCUGAAUGACAGGAUUGUGGAGAGGGACUUCCAGUGGACAGACAAUACCGCGCUGCAAUAUGAGAACUGGCGGGAGAACCAGCCUGACAAUUUCUUUGCCGGUGGGGAGGACUGUGUGGUGAUGGUGGCUCAUGAGAGUGGGCGCUGGAACGAUGUUCCCUGCAAUUACAACCUCCCUUAUGUCUGUAAGAAAGGCACAGUGCUCUGUGGUCCCCCUCCAGCAGUGGAGAACGCCUCACCUGUGGGUGCUCGCAAGGCCAAGUACAAUGUCCAUGCCACAGUUCGCUACCAGUGCAAUGAGGGGUUUGCUCAGCACCACGUGGCCAUCAUUAGGUGCCGGAGCAACGGCAAGUGGGACCAUCCCCAAAUCGUUUGCACCAAACCCAGACGGUCUCAUCGGAUGCGGCGGCACCAUCACCACCACCAACAUCACCAUCAGCAUCGCCACCACAAAUCUCGCAAGGAGCGCAGAAAACACAAAAAACACCCAGUGGAGGACUGGGAGAAGGAAGAAGGGAAUUUCUGUUGAAGAGCCAGGGAAAGCAAGCACAACCCCAUUCCCAGACCUCCCCUGGA